AUGGCAGAGCAUCCAGGACAACACAUAAUAGAAGACGCCGCACAACAUCAAACUGGCAUCGCAGACGAUGGGUCCGCGGAUCGUGCCACUGCAGUCAGUGGACUGUAUGGAGAGAGGGUAGGAAGGAAAAAGGGGUUUCUCUGUGAGAAGUUCCGCCGUUUAUUUAAUAAUUUUCCGAUGAACUCCUUACCGUCUUAUCAAGCUAGGUACGAACACGGCCUAAGGACUAUACUGCAAAUCUACAAGCUAGCUAACGUUGUGGUUACCAUUGGCUCAUCAAAUAUCCUACGUUGCACAGUGACGGUGCAGUUUCCAGGCUUGUUGGAAACCUCGCAAGAACGCAAGACUCUGAAUUUUGUUGGUUUCCACUAG